AUGAAGCUACUGGCGCCAUUCCUCGGUACACGAACAUUCACGAUCAAGGAACGCUGGAACAUCGCUUUCAAGUUCGACCACAGUUGGAACAAUGCCUUUCCAUCUAGAGAGAACAGACUGAAGCGAGAGAACUCCCCGCGAGGUCUGCUUGCGCACUGGGUCGAGAUUCUCUCUGAAGAGUCCGUUCCUGCGCCUAAUCUCUGGAUCAUUGAUGACGACGUUCGCUGGGUUGCACGACCUGGUCAGGUGUUUGAGACGGUUUAUCGCGAUUGUGAAGCGGACUACGUCCAGAUAAACUGGGAAGCCACUCGCGACAACACGAUCAGCCUGCUGAAGGGCGCCGUGGCCAGAUUCAUGGAUUCGUUCGGACUGGUAUGUGACAACGAAGACAUGUAUGACCUUCAAGAGCUGGGUCUGGAACCCAUGGCGUUCAGAGUGAAGGACCAUGUCAAACUUCUUGUUCGCAAGGACAAUGAAAUGCAAGCUUACAUGGAGGAGGAUAACGUAACUGACAACGAAACUGAGGAUGAUACCGAGAUCGAGUUUGAGUACGAAAGCGAUGAUCUGAGUGGCGGGAAUGACGGCAGUGAUCAAGAAGGCGAGUAA